AUCCUCAGAGUGACCUUCAGGUGAGGCGAAAUGAACACCUAAACGCGCUGGAAUUCGAGCUGGUAAAAGUGGAAUACAGACAGAACGCGUUUCGCAUUCCAUAUCGAGAAUUCCGCCAGUGCAGCGAGACGACAAGCACUGGUACAAAUCCAGGCAGACCGGCCAGAAUGUCUGGCCAUGAGGAAACUCAUGAUCCAGCAGCACCUAGUCACAGCGAAAACACACUCUUCUUCAUCGACUCAUACGGCGAGCGGCCGCUCAAUGAGCCUGUAAAAUCCAAUACGCGAUUCAGCGCCCGCCCGCGCAGUAACAGUGACCUCAACAGCAGCGAGGACGAAGUCGUGUUUAGUGGGAGGCAGAACCAGACUGCCCGAAUCAACAGUGUCGUUUAUGAUUCUCGUGUCCAGCCACAACCAUCAUUCUCGCGAACUGCUGUUCAGGUCGUGGAUGAUGACGUACAAUUUCUCGCGCCAACCCCUCCAGACAAGAGAUCAGCUACUACGGAUCCCCGGGACCCCGAGAAUCUUCAAGAUUCCUACAUUGGCCUAGCGUCAAAGAGACAGGCUAGAAACAAACGGAAAGGAAGGAAGAACAAGAGGUCUAUAUGGGAUGACGACAGCGUUUUCGCCGACUACGUGCGAAAUGUGGCUCGCAACGAGAAGUCGACCGACUCAUCCAGUGAAGAUGAUGAUGCCUCUGAGGAUGAACAGGGUCUGACCAAGGAAGAGAAAGCCAAGUUUCGCGUAUCUUCGACGCUUGAAGUGGUUGAAGAGAGCUCUAUGUUGAUUAGCGAGGAGAUUGAAGACGACGACUCUGACGAGGACGACAACGAAGAUUCCGAUGACACAGAUGACUCGACUAUGCUUGACGAUAUCAUAUCCCAGAUCCGCCGUGGGGCAUCCUUCACCGAGCUGGAAGCAGAAUGGGCGUCGUCGAACGAUAUGUCACUAGAUUUCUUCGAGGGCGAGCGUCAUGUCGAUUUCGAUAUCGUUGAUAUGCAGCAAGAUGGACCUUUGAGAAAGAACAAGAAGAAGAAAGGAAGACGUCAGAUGGGUUUUGAUCUGAGCGAUAGCGAACUUGAGAUCCAACUAGAACAAGCAUGGGAGAAAGAUCGGAACAAGAAGAAGGCCAAGAAACGCGAGAGAGAACAACUCCGAGCGGAGGGCUUACUCGGAAAGAACAAGAAGAAACUUGAUCGCAGAGGCAAGGAUAAAGGGUUUGGCAUUGAAGGACUGAAGAUUGAGGUGAGGACUUUUCUUCAGUCGCAAUCAGAGAGUCUUGAUCUGCCUCCCAUGAAGAAGCAACAUCGCAGAGUUAUACAUGAGUUGGCAAAUGCUCUUAUGCUCAAGUCACAAUCUCGCGGCAAAGGCAAUGCGAGAUUCCCCGUCCUGUACAAAACAGGCCGCACUCCCAAUUUCAACGGCAAACACAGUGUCAAACUUGAUAAGAUCCUAGCCCAACCGCGAUUCAAUCUGCGUCAGAGCACUCGCAUGAGCGUCAGUGAAAGAUCUUCGCCAGGGCCCAAGAAUAUUCGCCGGCGCCAGACAACCAAUAUGGGCGCCUCUUACCUCGAAGGUGAGGUGGUUGGAGGGUCCGCACCUGAGAUUGGAGCAGAAAAUAAGGGCAGGGCUAUGUUGGAGAAGAUGGGAUGGAGCUCGGGAACAGCACUGGGUGCCCUCAACAAUAAGGGUAUCCUACAACCUGUUGCUCACGUUGUAAAGAAUACCCGUGCUGGACUGGGUUAAUAUCCGCUCUGAUAGAGAUGACUUUUCAUGUAGUAGCCUUAAAUAUGACUUUUUAGACGCAAUGCAUAGAAUUAUUUUCUAGACUUUUUUCCUUUCUUCUGUUUAGACUGCGCUGUUGCCACGGGCUGAGCAUGGCCUGUUUCCCGUAAGUGCGAGAAGAGUUGUGUCCGUGAUGGAAACGUAGCUUGACAAUUUGCGCAUUUGCUUUGAGUAUCUGUAGAAGAGGCUUGUUGGGCUGCCAGCUUCUUAGCUCUUUUUUGCUUGGCUUUGCCUAGCUUUGCUGUGGUGGGUUUAGAUUUAAGGUCGUCGUCGUCGCUGUCGUCAGAAGAUAGAGAAGUUUUCUCUGGCUUCAUGUCGCCCAGAUCGACAUAGU